AUGUUCAGGUACAGGUUUUUUGGUAGUAGGGCUAAAAUAAAUGUUAAAAGAGGAAGGAGAACACCAGUAAGUGAAGAAAUAGAAAUAGGAAAUAAUAAGAACGGAUUGACCAGUGAUGGUAAAUUAGUAGGAUACAAUAAUACUAAUGAAGGAGACCAUAAUAAGGACGAAUGGGAAGAAGAAAAUUUGAGUGGAGCAAAUUUGAACAAGAGGAAUUUGAAGAUAAGUAUGAAUACUACCAACAGGAGCGGUACCACCAUGAGUAGUACCAAAAUCAGUACCAACGUAAGUGAAGAGCUGAGAAAAUGUAGCUUCCUUGAUUUUAAUUUCAAAACAGACAUAUAUUUAAAAUUGAAUGAAUUAAAAAUAUUUAAUCCAACGCAAAUUCAGCAAAACGUAAUACCUGUAUUGCUACAUGGAAAAGAAAAACCUAGAAUAGAGAGCAAUGAAAUUAGGAUGUGCGAAGGAACAAAUUUGUACAAUGCAAUACUAAGAAGUAGAAUGCAGAUUAAUACAUAUUUAAAAAUGAAUUUAAAUAUGAAGAGCAAUUUUUAUGAUAUGGAUAAGUACAAACAGAUUGAUAGUUAUUAUAAAAAUGAAAAGAAGAGUAACAAAAGUACAGAAAAGACGAACGAAUCAAAUAAUGAAAUGAAAUGUAUUUCGAAUGAACAAAAAUGCUUCAACGAUGUGUAUGUAAUUAUCAGUCCUGAUAAUACUGGAAAAACAUUAAGUUAUUUUCUUCCCAUAUUAGACAAUUUUUACACAAAUAAUCAAAAAAUUAUGCAAAAUUUGUCAAACUUUUACCAUUUUUUAAAUAAAUAUAAUUAUAAAAAGUUUCAAAAUAAAUUAUUUCGUAAAAAAGAAAAAUUAAAAUGUCUUAAAAAUAAAGAUAAUUUGUUUUUUAAUAUAUCAUAUGAAAAGUAUAAAAUACGUAAUCGCUAUUUAUAUAUUAGAAAAUACAACAAUUAUACUACAAAUAGUAGUUAUAUUAAAAAUAAAAAAAAUAACAAACUUAAUUGCUUAAAACAUAAGAAAAAUGUGUUUUUCCCCUAUGCAAUAAUUUUGACAAAUACAAGGGAAGCAGCUUGUGAACUUUUUUCAUUUUUAAAAAAUUUUGAUAUAAACAUCGAGUUGUUAACUGGAGGUUAUUUGAAUAAAAAAAAGUCCAUAAAGAAAUAUCAUGUAGAAUCUUUUUCAGGAUAUAAAAAUGAAAAUGUAAAUUAUAACUCGGACGAAACAUAUAACUAUCGCAAUGCUACAGCUGAAUUUUUAAAUAGAAACGAUUUUUUUAAAAAUAAAAAAAAAAAUAAAAAUAAAGAUAGUAAUAUAAUAAAUUACAAUGUUGAUAUUUUAAUAGGAACACCGGAUAAAAUUUUUGAGAAAGUAGACAAUUGCAAAAAUAAACAUUUAUAUAAUUUUAAAUUUUUAAAAUAUUUGAUUGUUGAAGAAUCUGAAACAUUAUGCAAUGUUUUUAAUGAAAAAAAGUUGCAACUAAUUUUUAACCACGUAAAAAAUUAUACUAAUAUGUAUUAUUUUCGAAGUACUAUAACAAAUGACGAUACGCUCAAUGAAUCAUCUCAACUUUCCAGUGAAAAAAAAGCGACAGACUUAGAAAACGAAUGUGAAAAGAGUAGGCGCAAGGGGGGAAUUACAAGUGGCAUAAAGGAACAGACGUAUUAUAGUGGAGUUUGGAAGGGAAGUAAAAAGAAUUUUACUGACGAUGAAGCAGAAGAAAUGCAAAAAGAGAAAAGCGGGGGCAUGGACCAAAGAACAGGAAGAACGACAAACAAUUAUGAGGGAUGCGGACAGGAUGUAGACGGCAGUAUGUACAAAAAAGAAGGAAGGAUCGAUGGUGGUGCUGAUAAAUAUUAUGGAAGAAUAAGCAAAGAAGAAGUUGCGUAUGGGUAUGAUUACAAGGGGGAAGAGCCUGAGAAUAGCAACUAUGACGAAAAAAUAAGUGUGUCCAAAGUAAACGAAGAAGCAGCAAGCUUGUCCAAAAAAAACGACGAAGCAGCAAACUUGUCCAAAAAAAACGACGAAGCAGCAAACUUGUCCAAAAAAAACGACGAAGCAGCAAACUUGUCCAAAAAAAACGACGAAGCAGCAGACUUGCCCAAAAAAAAUUCUGAACAUGCAAGAAUUUCUAAAAAAAACACACGCUCAAAUAAUAUCGAAGCUGUUCGAAUAACAAAUAAAGCAAUAAGUGAUGAAAAAAUCAUUAUUAAAAAAAGUGACAGCGUUGAAAAUAUAAAAAACACGCUUAACUCAAACAUCCCUAUAUCAAUAUUUGUGUCAGCCACAAAAACAUUUUGUAUAAGUGAAUUUUUGAGUAAUAAUAUAAGAAGCAAAUAUACUCAACAAAUAAUUAACAUGAACAGUCAUAAUAUUAGCAGCGAAAUGAAACACAUAUUUAUUAAUAGCAAAAAUAAGGAAAAGAUUUCUUUAUUACUUGAACUAUUGAAUAAUAAAGACGUAAAGAAAGUAGGAGGAGACUUCAAAUGUUCUCAGUUUUUUAACAGAUAUGUAAUAUUUUGUAAUACUAGAAAAAGUGUAAUGAAUGUAGCAGAGAUUUUGUCAGAGCUGAAAUAUAAAGUUAGUUGCAUUCACAACGAAAUGAAUUAUAAAGAUAGAAGUAAAAAUUAUAGAGAUUUUAAAAAAAAUAAAACAAAUAUUUUGAUUUGUACAAAUAUAUUAAGUAGAGGUGUACUAUUUGAUAAUUGCCAAAUAAUAAAUUACGAUAUCAGUAAUAAUAUAAAUGAUUAUAUUUACAAAUCGAACAAAGUUGCUUUUAAAAAAGGUAACAUCAUAAAUAAUUCUUUAACGUCUUUUUUUAAUAAAAAAAAUACUGGUUUAGUUAACGAGAUAAUCGAAAAAACAGCUGAUAAGAAACAAAUAAUAUUUCAAAAUUUAAAUAAAAAAGUUAGUAGAAUGCUAAAUUUGCAAAAUAAAUAUUAUGAUAUUGUGAAAAAAAAAAAGAAGUACCAAAAAAGAGGUGGACGGAAAGCAUUGCAUAUAUCUCCUAGGAGAAAUUGCAUGAGCAAAAAGAAUAAAAUUUUGUCGAAAAAAUUGUAUUUUUAUCAUAAAAUGAACAUAGAGCGUAAACGAUUAAUAAAAAAAGGAAUACUUAAAGCUCAUGAAAAAAUACCACGAUAUCCAAAUAGAAAAGCAGAGGUGUAUGAUAGCAACGAAUAUAACUCUGUCAGAAAAAUGGACGAUGGAGCAUUGCAAAUUUUGGCGAAAAAGAGAAAAACGAAAAAGGAUAAAGAAGUAGAAGAAGCAAAUUAUGAGUCAGACACUAUCAUCUUGAAUGAUAUGCCUACAUAUGAGGACGAGGCAAAAAUAAAAGAGAAAAAACAUCAGAAAAAAACGUACUUCUAG